ACUCCUCCUCUGCAAGCUCACGUUACACUCCAUAAACUUGCUACUCUUUCCCACCUAAGUGCUUAAAAAGGAGGAGGGAUCGCUUGUCAGGAAUGUCUCAGAACUGUGAAAAGAGCGUGUAGAGCUGAGAGUGGAUGUAGUGGCUCAGGCUGAAAGCUGAAUGAGAGAGUGUGUGAGCUGAUGUUUUACACCAGACUAACGGAAAGGCCGCUUCUUGAUUUGCAAAGGUGGACUCUGAGGCGUUGACGUGCACAUGCUGAAGUGGAUAUUUCCCACCAGACCCAGAAAGCUGCAUCUCUGAGGACACCUAUACUCUGUACUGUGUGCUCUUCAGCAUGGACCAGCCAGCCAGCAGUUGCAUGAGGAGCCCUCACACGGGCAGCGCUCUGUGGGGCUGCGUCAGGAGCCCCCAUUCGGGAGGCUCCGGAGCCGGGCUACAGCCCUACCAGCAGGCCCCGUUCGCCCUGCACCAGAAGCACGAUUUCCUGGCCUACACAGACUACGCGCUGGUGCCGUCGCCGCACGCUUACCCUCGCGAGGACAGACUGUAUCCGGAGGCGCACGGCGGGUACCAGCGGACGGAGUGGCAGUUCGCUCCUUGUGAACCCAGAGGCAGAGGGCAGGAGCCGUGCCAGGGGGCGGCAGAAGCGGUGGGAGCUCAAUUGGACAGUGCAGGGGGAGACAGGCUGCCUGGAGCAGUCACAGCAUGUCUAGAGGGAGAAUACUCACCCCAAAGUGUGCCAGCGGUUGACACAGAGAAAAAAAGCUCCAAGCGGAAAAGAGAAAUCACAGAUAUUCAGGACUCAAGCUUCAAAGCAGACUCGAACUGCAAGGCUAGAAAGGAGAGGACUGCGUUUACCAAGGAACAACUUCGGGAGCUGGAAGCCGAGUUCACCCACCACAACUACUUGACCCGCCUGCGCCGCUACGAGAUCGCUGUCAACCUUGACCUCACUGAGAGACAGGUGAAAGUGUGGUUUCAAAACAGACGGAUGAAGUGGAAAAGAGUGAAAGGAGGACAGCCUGCAUCUCCUCACGACCUUGAAGCAGAUGAGUUGGACUCCGCUGCGUCGCCCAGCUCUGAGUAAAGCUCCGAUCUAGACAUUUGCUCAUAUUUACAGUCACCCGGCCAUACGCACAAUGUCCAAUUUUUCACUAGACCUUCCACGUAUCCCGUUACACUGCUUCAUGGACAAAAGCGUCCGUGCUUCCUGUUGCUCUUCUCGCUCAGAUGACUAAUUAUCAACAGAGCUUCAACGGCUUGGAAGCACCAUCCACUUUCAGUCCACAUGUUUCACUUUCAUUCAUAAACAGAUCGAGUGAAAUCAGAGGCCUAUAAAAACCCAAUUACUCACGUGUAAAAACAAUUUAUAUUAACUGUUCAAGCCCUGGUUUAAUAGCUUUGACCUCCAGCCGUGACGGCAUGAUGUAGGUCUUUCACACUGUGGUGAUGGUGCCUGAACCCUGAUCAGAACCACCUGUGAAGCUCCACAGAACGACUAGACGGUCUCAGGAUCUCGCCAAACCACCAAAGCAUCGAUAUCAAAUCUUUAUUUUCCCCUAAAUUGUGUUGUCAGGUUGCUCUUAGAAUAAAUCGUUUCCAUUGUUGAACUUUUUUCUUUUUUUUUGUACCUUUCUUUUUAUAUGAAAUUAAUAAAACACAGAUGUUGCAUAAAAAUGAGAAAAAAAUAAUAAAUAAUUUGAAAACUGAGAAAAAACUAAUUGUGCUUUUUAUUUCUUAUGAUCUCUUUUGAAUUGUAAUACGGCCUAUUUUAUACUGAGACCUGCUGACAUGGAGGCAGCAUUAUGCCAAAAGCAAGUUUAUAUAACAAAUUUCAUAAAUGUAACAUAAAUACCAACACCAGUCUAGUGCUAUCAAAUCAAUUAAUCACAAUUAAUCGCAUCCAAAAUUAAAGUUUGUGUUUACAUGAUAAAUGUGUGUGUUCUGUGUUUAUAUUUAUAUGUAUAUUUAAAUACAUAUAAAUACAACAUUUCAUAAAUGUAACAUUAAUAUCAAAACCAAUCUAGUGGCAUCAAAUCAAUUAAUUGCAACCAAAAUUAAAGUUUGUGUUUACAUAAUAUAUGUGUGCGUGUUGUUUAUAUUUAUAUGUAUAUACAUAUAAAUAUAAAAAUGUAUAAAUAUAACAAAUAUCAACAUCUAGUGCAGUCAAAUCGAUUAAUCGUGAUUAAUCACAUCCAAAAUAAAAGUCAGUGUUUACAUAAUAUAUGUGUUUGUACUGUGUUUAUAUUAUAUAUAAAUACAUAAAAAUAUAACAUUUAAUAAAUGUAACAUAAAUAUCAACAUCAAUAUUGUGCCAUCAAAUCGAUUAAUCGUGAUUAAUCGCAUCCAAAAUAAAAGUUUGUGUUUACAUAAUAUAAGUGUUUGUACUGUGUUUAUUUUAUAUAUAAAUACAUAUAAACAUAACAUUUAACAAAUGUAACAUAAAUAUCAACAUCAAUCUUGUGCCGUCAAAUC